AUGGCUGACCUGGCUGACCUGGUAGACCUGGCUGACCUGGCUGACAUGGCUGACCUGGCUGAUCUGGUAGACCUGGCUGACCUGGCUGACCUGGGUGACCUGGCUGACCUCUCCUUGUGUUACUGGAGAUCUCUAAACUGGAAUGUAGAGAAAGACCUGGGCGGCUUCUGUCGGAUCGCCUCAUCGUCCGACGUGACGCUAAGCGUUAGCGAUGCGAUACAGCUGGACCAGCUGACUCCGAAGUCAGGUUCUCCUGGAGAACGAGGUGCUGCUGGUCCUGGAGGUCCCAUCGGUCUAUCAGGACGCACUGGACCCCAGGGAGGUCCGGGUCCUGCCGGAGAGAAGGGAGGCCCGGGAGAGAAAGGUCCCACGGGACCAGCUGGACGUGACGGUAUCCAAGGUCCAGUUGGUCUUCCUGGCCCUGCAGGGCCCCAGGGGCCCCCCGGAGAGGACGGAGACAAGGGAGAGGUUGGUGAGCCUGGCCAGAAGGGAAGCAAAGCAGACAAGGGUGAACAGGGUCCUCCUGGUCCGGGAGGUCUUCAAGGUGUCAUCGGAGCUCCUGGUCCUGCUGGUAUGAUGGUGAGUCAGGACCCAGGGGUCAGCAGGGUAUGUUUGGCCAGAAGGGAGACGAAGGAUCCAGAGGAUUCCCUGGGCUACCUGGACCCAUCGGACUGCAGGGCCUGCCUGGUACAUCAGGAGAGAAGGGAGAGAACGGGGACGUCGGCCCAAUGGGUCCGCCUGGUCCUCCAGGUCCCAGAGGUCCCCAGGGUUCUAGUGGAGCUGACGGUGCCCAAGGCCCUCCUGGUGGAGUAGGUUCAAUGGGAGGUAAUGGAGAAAAGGGAGAGAGCGGUGAAGCCGGCAACCCGGGACCUUCCGGAGAGCCUGGUG